AUGUCUUUGAAUGGCUUGGAUAAUCCUGUCGUGCUCGAAGCCUAUCAGUCCGCUCUGACUGAAGCUGGAGGAUGGUUUCUACUCCAUUACACCUCAAGGGAUGAAGUGGCUCUGCUCAGUCGAGGCACUGGCGGCGUUCCUGACGUGCGAAAUGCGAUCGACGGCUACGAGGAGGCCUCUCCGCUCUACGGGUUCGUACAGUAUCGCCGGAGAAAGGUAGUUCUCAGCUAUUUACCGGAGGAUCUGUCGAGACUGGUCAAAGCCCGUACCACCGUUCAAUUCCAAUCCGUCCUAGACAAGUUCUCUCCUCACGAUACCGUUUUCUCGCUGUCAAAGUCGACGGACCUCACCGAAAGUGCACUGUCCUCCGCGUGCUUGUUACAUGCUGCUUCAGGUUCUAUCACCUCCUCUUCUGGUUCCCUCCGCCGUCGCAGGCUGAUGGAAAUUACGGAAGAUGCAGAGGAAAACACCCCGGACAAAGACGAAUCGCAGGUUCAAUCCCCAGUGAGCGAUACACCCCAGAGACCGUUCAGCCAACGAUCGGACGCUACCGUAACGGCUUCUCAGCGUGCGCCAUCGAGAUUGCACCAAACGAUCAGUGCCAGUGACCAGCCAGAGCCCGAAACGAUUGCCUCCGAUGUCUCGUCGACCAUUGACAACUUCCCUGCGCCCCCCUCGGUUACCAUCGACCACAGCUCCGAUCGUGCAUCCUUGCACAGGAAUUUCCGCGACGACCUUUCCAAUGCCCCGUCCGAUUCGCGCCGGCUUUCCCAGUCUUCCCGACCGUCGAUGCGGGACCUGGAUCAUAUAUCCCCAUAUACCACACCCAAAGUCAAACGGGGACCACGGCCGUCGGUAGAGUCAAGCAGCCGUCCUCGAAGUCAGGAAAAACGGCCGGUCGCAUCGUUACCAACUGGCGUUCGUUCGUCGGCCCUGCGAAAACCCAGUCCAAACACUACUCCCCUUCGGCCUCGAUCUCAGGGAAAUCCCGUAGCAUCUCCCAUGUCCGGCAAGGGAGCAACGCCUGGUGCACCUCCAUUUUUGGUGCCACCGCUGUCGAUGCCGAUUUCACGGCCUCAUAUUUCACCCGGAGCCAAAUCUCUGAGUGCAGUAUCGACCUCAGGCUUGUCUCCGGAGAAGGAGCGGCUGAUGAAGGCCCUCCAGCAGCGUAAAAAGCAGAUGGAAAAACGAUCUGGAAAGGGCAAACAGAAUCAAUCUUCUGCCGAAACCGACGAAAACAAAGAGAAUGUCGGUUACGGGCAACUCAACCAUGGCAAGGGAGCAGCAGCUGUCGACAAUUAUAAAACCAGAUCGGACCAGAGCGCAGAACCCCGUAAUGAGGCGACAUCCUUCAUCUCGCCUGUCCAAUCAAAACCUGACUCGGCCGUGGAUAUGGUGAUUUCGGAUUCCGAUGGCGAUCAGCAUUCCUCCACUAUUACUACACCUCUUACUAUACCCACUACUGCUGCUACCACCACCACCACCAUUGACAAGGAGCAGACUAAUAGUAAUCAUAAUACUGAUGAUGAUGCUGAUGACCACCAUGGGGAAGAGGAAAAAGAGCCGACAGCAGACGAUUUCCCUCUCCCUGUGUCUUCCUCGGCAGGUACAAUUAUUGACAGCAAGCCUGAAGAUGGCCCGCGCUCGCCUAGUGCCGUCGAUGGCCCACUCGAGAAUAAGUCUGGAAACGCUCCCGAAAACGAAAUUGUCGUUUCUCCACCGCCCACAAAUCCACCUCCUAAUUCCAGUGAACAGGAGGUGGACGCUGCCCCUGAAAUCCUCCCGCGACCUGACACAUCUACUACCCUCCCCGACGCUUCUUCGAACCCAAUCGCUCCAAUUGACUGCGACUCGCAGCAUGAUUCGCCAACCCCUGAAUCUUCAGACCCGGUAAGACAGCACGUCACCGAACGCAGGGAGAAGCGCAAACCGUACCUCGAGCCCAUUCAAGUACCGACUCCCGAAUACUCUGAUGAGGAUAACUUGCUCUCGGAUGAUUCCUUCAUGGAAGAACUGAAGAGUGCUACGGUGCAGGAAGCCAAGCCUGUGUCCGUUGGAUCGCCCGUUUUCGCAGAUAAUGGAGAUGAACAAUCACCGUCGCCGGAGACAUGGGUGAAUAAUCGAGCGGUCUCAAACCCAAGUGCGGCGGUUAAUACACAGCCGGCCAACUUGCAGGCUGUUGCUGGGGGCCGGUCGGUCUCUAGCACCUACCUAGAAACUGCUUCUGGCCCCAAGUCUCCGGCCUUGGUGGCUAGAAAGGUCAACGUCUCUUCCGGAAUCUCCAGCCGUAUCAAGGCGUUGGAGAAGUUCACCGGCAACCGUGAUGUGCCCGCCACAGCGACACCGCCGAACAUGGCUGGAUCUCAUUCAGCUCAGUCAUUCGAAACAUUCCGGAAACGCGCUUCAAUCUCACAGCCUCCUGGGAGCUUGACCUCGCCGGCAAUCUCCAGAAGUGCCUCGACUUCCCGUCCUACUUCGCAAGCCGCAAGCCUGACCCGCGACGACUCUCAAUCGAGCUUGAAUGGCACACAAACUACGAGCUCGGUAUCCGUGACUGCUCGGAUAGUCCGUGAUACAGAUGGUGCUCCGUCGGACAACCAGCUCCAAGCAAGCCCCUUGACCGUCGAGCAUGAGAUGUCCGAGGUCCCCGUUUCUCCGAAUCUGACAGCGGAGUCAUCCACUGAUGACCGGGAGAAACGCAGCAUGUCCACAUCAUCUGCGGGGUCAGGGGCUGCCACGAUACAACGAUCGGAGAGCCGGAUGUCGGUCUCUUCCAAGGGUGAGGGUGAAGACAAGAAAGGAUCUCGCACUUCUCGACUCCUCAACCGCAUGUCGUCCAUCACAUCAAACUCCCGCAAGAGUCUCCUCGGAGCCUUGAGUCCCUCUGGAUCAUUCAAGGGAGAGGAAGGCAUCACGACUCCGGAGAAGUCACCUGAGCCCGAGGCCGCCCCCGUCCCAGCCUCGGCCCCGGCCCCGGCCCCUGAAGUUCCGGCCAUCGAAAUUGGCGAGGUUAACGUUCAGUUCCCGGAUACGCUUCUCUGGAAGCGACGCUUCGUCCGUAUUGACGACAAGGGCUACCUGGUUCUCACGCCGGCCAAUGUGGACUCCACUGGCCGUAACCUGACCAAGAAGUACCACUUGACUGAGUUCAGGACACCUUGUAUUCCGGAUGAGGACUGUCAGGAGCUGCCUAAUAGCAUUGUGUUGGAUUUCUUGGACGGAAGCACCCUCCAGUGUGCUUGCGAAUCGAGACAGGGGCAAGCCACUGUGCUUGAAACACUUGUCCGCACCCACGGUGCCUACCAGUCUGUUUAA